AUGUGGUUGCUGCGGUUUCUGUUUUCAACUUCCAUUAUUCCAGGUGUCAACUCUGAAAUCACUAGACUUUAUGAAGAUGUCGAAUCGGAAGUCAACAUAACUGGGGAGGACUAUAUUUUCAGUGAAGAAGAAAUGAAACAUCAUUCGGAGGUGGAACAGACUCUCCAACAUUACUGGCAGUGCCGUGGUCGUGAAUGGUCAUGUGACAAACACUGUCGCCUAGAAUUUCGAUCGGAAACUAAACUUUGUCGUGCUCCUCUUCCUGGUGAUAACUGUUUCGGGAUUCCGAUAACUUAUAAGUACUCGCGUGAUUUCGAGUUAAUCAGGUUUCCACAGGAGCUUGCAGUACUUAGCCGUUAUCCGAGAUGCUGGUCAUAUCUUUCGCCUCUAAUUUGCACAACGUUGUAUCGCCCAUGUUCUCGGCAUUUCUUUAUUGAAAAAGAUGAACGGAAUAACGUUAAGAAUGGUACUAUUGAACUGUGGCAGCUGUUGAGUCGCUCACUAUGCGAAACGGCUCAUAAAAUGUGUGCUGAUGUGGUAUCGAGUGGCCUCUUUCCAUCUAUGAUCAACUGUGGGGAGAAGGAAGGCGACUCACGGCAUUCUAGACCAAAACGCGUCUUAUAUUCAACUUCCUGUCAGAUCUCCACUCAUUUCAACAUAUCUCUCGAGUCGUUUUCGAGUCGUUCGAUUCCUAAUCUGCUCAAUCUUAGCAGUGGUUUUCUUCCUGGAAUCGAUUUAUUAAAAACAUUGGCUAAGAAGCAAGCUGUAUGCGUUUUUAAUAAGGCUGAACACGAGGAAUAUCAAAAGAGACAUACUAAAUUUAAGGAUUGUAAGACCAUGGAGGCGCAGGAAUUCCUAAAGUGCAGUGAGCAGUCGAACGCUAAUGAAAAGGAUACUAACCUUGCUGACUUGAGCUGUCAGGAUAAAUCCUCUGUAUCAGAGCAGAUCAAUUCGAAUUGGAAAGAAGCUUAUAAUGAUUUCUUAUCUAAAGAGAGCCUACACCGGAUUUUCGACAAUGAGGUUGAUAAAUGUUAUCGUUCGCUCACCAAGCGUAUCAUUUACGAUAGAAAUUUUGGAUUAUCAAGCAUCUGGACAGUGACGUCAUUUGUAUUUGUUUCGUUGUUCCUCGCCAUCUCGCCUGUUAUCCACUAUCUUUAUAUCAACACGUCUUCAAAUCGGGAAGUUGAAAGUAUAGUAGAGUACAUAAAUUGUGGAACUGCUCAUGCGAUCGAGAAUCGUCUGAUUGAUUGGUUGUCGGAUGACGCUUGGGCUUCACUAGCUGCUCUGGAGUCAUCUUCCUGUUCGCUGCCUUUAAAAGAAGCACAAGACCGUUUGGAGAGCGUCUUCACUGUGUUUAUAAUAUUGCCGGCUUUGCCAUUUGUGGUGUUACUCCUUGCCUUCCUGACAGGAGCAAUGAAGGUGCGAGCUGUUUUUGCCGAUACAGAGGUCUCAAAAUAUCGCGACAACGAGGAAUGUUGUGAAUUGGUUCCGAUGGUGGAUAAAACAAACGAGAAUGUCGAGUCAACACACGGCACGGAGCUAAAUAGAGAUCUCACCUUUGAAGAAAAAGGAAUUGUUCAUGAGACAGAUUCGUCUUCAAAAUCAACUAACCGUUUUUCUGCGAACGUACCUGAUGGAGUGGCAAAUGGAGUGCUUUCAGAUGAAAAAGAGAACUGCGUUAAAUCGGAAGAGACUGAGGACUCGAAGCAGCUUCCUGAAUGUAAACAGGAAAAGGAACGCAAGGACGCACUUUUCAGUAUUAUAAAUGAAUUACGGGAUGAACUUGCUUUUCAGCAGUCCAUGCUUAUUAAUGACAAUGCAGCGUGGAACAUCUCGCUUUACUAUAUGCGAAGAACGGAGCAGUUGUUAUCACAGAUAGGUGACCAUACGAAUCCAGUCAAUUCAGUUAAUCAAGGUCUGCUAUCUCUGUUUGAGGAAAUGUUGCGUGUACUUCCCACCGUAUCAGACCAUGCGCUUCAGUUAUGGCGAUGGAUGAAUUCAGUUCACGAAACGUCUCUGAAGCUCGACUAUCUCCAAGGAGUUUCCAAUGACCAUGGGCAUUCCCACUCUGUCUUCGAGUCGCAAGAUGUUUAUCGUCAACAUAAUUUACUUGCUCUUAACAGCUAUCUACUUCAAUCUCAGUCACGAAUGAAGGAAAAUUUAGCAGGAGUGUCUUCUGUAAGUGUAAAUGGCGGGAAGGAGCAGACAAAAACACAGCAAGACUGUUCACUGAAUAAGAAACAGUCAAGUAAAUUUGUAACGGAGGUGCAAAAGAUAGGCAAUAAACAGGUUGCGUGUAUUCCGAGCACCAGCCAAAGCUCUCGUCAAGAAUAUGUUGGUAAUUCGGAAGCGGAAAAGCAAAAUGGACCAGAUCAAAAUAUUAAACAAAGUCACCAUGUUCCUAAUAAUGUUAGUUGUGAUCCUUCAGAAAGCAAUGAGCGAAUAGGAGGUCGGUCUCUUCAAACACAGCGAUAUCAAGGAAUUCCAAGAAUCAGUGCCUACGCUAGCUCCUACAGCGCAACUCCACGUGGAAUUUUGACCAGGUUAUCUCUUCCUGAGUUGCGUCUUCGAGUUCAACAAAUCAAGAACAUAUGUGCUGGUGAUCAUUUAUAUCCACAAGAGCUUGCUUACAUGCUUUUGGUCAUUGGUGACAUCACACAAGGUGGUAAUCGACCACAGGAAAACCAAUUCUUCUAUGCGAUGGAACAGUUGCCAGGAAUAUUCGGAACAAGAGUUCCCACUAUCGAUGCGAGGGUAGGAGUGCAAGACUUUCUUACUCAAAUGCGUCGAAGAGCCCUGACCGUUGUUGGAGCUGUCGGUUAUCAUUUCUCCUUUCAUACAACCGGAGGGACUAGUUACACUCCUCCCGUAUUACCUCCGCUAGGAUUAUAUCGGUCAGAGAAUGAACUGGUGCUUCGUAGAGUUCUGGGAGACAGCGAUGACGUAAUGCGUUUGUUGCGUGACUUCUUAAGGGAGUUCCAGUUUGGCAGGGGUCCGAUCAAUCCUCGUCCUGAUUUGAAAUUUGCUUUCUCAUUCAGAAAUUAUCUGGCUAUGGUGGCGACAAGGGAGGGAUUCAACAAUGACCACUAUGAAGAAUACAUAACUGAUCCGGUACCACCACCUGAAGAUGUAAAUAAUGUGAAUGCUGCUGAGAAUUGUGGUAGAGAAUCCGACGACAACACAGAUCCUGCCCCUCCAUCAUGA